UAUGUUGGCUGUAUUAAUAUUCACAACAAUCUUGGGCUUGACCUUAGGUCAACAACCAGCAGAAGGCAUCUUCAAAGAUGAAUACGACGAUGACUUCGACGUACAGGAACUGUUAGAGAACCCAGAUUUCCUCGAGUUCUUCGAAGAGUUCCAGAAGCAGGUCAAAAACCGCAGAACAACGACCACAACCACAACAACAACAACAACCACCGAAGCUCCGGUGUUCUUCCCCAAGCUUCAGGCUCAGACAACCGAAUCCGAUUUACACCAACACUUCUUCGGACAAACCGAAAAGCCGAAAGCACGCAGGAGGAGCAAGUCCAAGAACCAAAAACGCAUCAAAGCCACCGAAUCUCCGGUCACCACCACAACCUCAGUACCCACCUACAUCUUAUCUGGGGCCAAAUCGAGCAAGAGGGUUUCACCAAAGGUCGACUCGAAGGACGGCUUCGACGAGAAGGUCUUCAGGAAGCAAGCCGAGAGUGCCAAGUACGAGUUCGCCAGCGAAACCGACGACACCAUCAACAGCAACUUCCAUCAGAGGCAGGAGGUGCGCGACGGGUUGGCCGUCAAAGGUCAAUACUCUUACAGCGACGGCUAUUUCAAACGUACCGUCCAUUACGAAGCUGAUGAUAAGGGUUUCCGUGUUAUCAAAGAAGACGUUGAGUCAAUUGGAAAUGGACCGGAAUUCAACCCGAAGGGCACAGCUGAGGUCAAUCAAUAUGUAGCUGGAAGUGUGAACAGCUAUCACAUCACCAAUAAGGACAUUCAAACCCCGCCUAAACAGAUUGAGUUUGAAGAAUACGAAGAAUAAAAUAAUUAAAUUCUUAUUUAUUGUUAAA